AAUGAAGUAUGAGGACUUUACCGUCAAAUUUUGUGCAGUUUUCAUUUCAUCCCAUUCUCCAGUUUCUCAUGCUUCCUCUCUGGGUACAGGAAUCAGAUUCUUUACAAAAGAUAAAGCACAAAAAUAAUGAGACAGCUGUAUUGGGAGGAAAUGUGACAAUGUUCUGCAAUCUGACAACUCCAGCAAAUGUUGUGCAGAUCACCUGGCAGAAGGUCCAAAACUCUCUGCCACGAAAUAUUGGUACAUAUAGCAGCAUAUAUGGAGAGAACAUUCUUCCACCAUACAAAAAUAGACUGCGUUGUAAGGCCAUUGAACCAAAUUUCUCAUUUAUAACUAUUCAUGAAGUGACAUUUGAAGAUGAAGCCUGCUACAAAUGUCUAUUUAAUGUGUUCCCACAUGGGAACCAAGGAGGACAAAUCUGCCUUUACAUUCUAACUGUAUCUGAAUUAAGAGGUGAACUCCAACCCAACCUUGACUCUAGCGAUUUUGUUAGACUCAUUUAUUCUGCUGAGGGGAAACCUGCUCCACAAAUAUCUCUUUUUCCUACACAAGUCUUGAGUAACCCACCAGAGGAGUACCUUGCUGAGAACCCCAAUGGCACAGUGACUAUCACGAAAACUUACAACAUUUCCUUGGAGACUGUGAGGUCCCUAAGUCUCCAACAUGUGGUUGUGCACAUGGAUCAUCCUCUGAGAAAUGAAGUAAAGUAUAUUCCUGUGUCAGCCCAAGAAGUAAAAAUAGCAAGAAACCUGGAACUGCUUAAAACAAGGAUCUCCAUCAUCCAUGCAAGUGAAAAGAAAAUCCUCACAAUAGGAAGAGAAUUCACAUCAUGAAAGGAGAGACCAUUUCAGAAUUGCUGCGGUAAACAGCAUGUAUCGUCUUAAAUUAAAAAUAGCUAUUUUGUAUUAUUACUAUUAUUGUUUUACCAGAACACUGCUUAGCUCUGGCAUAUGGUGGUGGGAGGGGUUGAACCUGGACUUGGAGCCUCAGGCUAGAGAGUCUCUUUGCAUACCCAUUAUGCUAUCUCCCCAGCCCUAUUUUGUGUUUUUUAAAGUGCAUGGUGAUUCAACUGAGCUUUAAAGCUUUUUUUUUUUUUCCAGUUUCAUUGUUGACAUAUCAGGAAACUAUCA